AUGACCUCGGCCGCACCGGGGCCGUCGCGCCCGCCCAACGCGCCGCGCACCCUGACGCCCAAGUCCGUCUCCGACCCCGUCCUGCGCAACGCCCUGCGCUACACCAUCUCGGCGCGCGAGUACGCCACGCUGCACAAGUAUGUCAUCUCGCGGUCGCGCGUGCUAAGGCGGACGGCGCCGAGCGUGGCGACGGUCGAGAAGAUAGUCGAUGGCGACAAGCCUGGCCGACGGCCGUCCCAUGCUGUGCCGCCGAGCGACAGCUACAAUACACGGGCGAUCCGCGACGCGCUGCGCUUGUUUGUCGGCACGGCGGCGGGCAUGAAGACGUAUGAUGUCUUGAUGAAGAGGGUGCUCGGCAAGAGAGACACGAACGCGAAGAAGCAACCGCUGUACAACUCGCCCACCUUCCGUCUGUCGCUUUCUCUAUCCUCCAUCCUGCUGCUCUAUCGCCUGCUCUUCCGCUUCAUGUCCAGGUUGCGCGGCCACCUGCUCGACGAUGCGGCGAUCCCCUUCCGACGACGCAAUCCCCGUACCGCCGCCACACUGACGUCGCCCUAUGCACCCGCCGUCGGUGCCUCGCUCGCCGGUCUGGCCCUCGGCGUGUACCCGGCGCAGCAACUGCGCGUGUCGGUCGCCAUCUACGCCAUGUUCCGCGCCCUCGAGUUCGGCUGGAAUCUGUGCGAGGGCGAGGGCAUGAUCUGGGGCUUCAAAGCCGGCGGCCGCGUCAAGAGGGAACGGCCCUGGUGGUGGGGCAGCUGGAUGAUCCAGCCUUUUGCCUUUGGACAGCUGCUGCACGCCGUCGUCUUCGACCGCGACUGCUUCCCCGCGGCCUACGGAAACCUCAUCUUCAAUAACUCGACAGCCUAUCUGCAACAGAGGCCCGCCGGCUACCCGAGCCACCUGGUGUGGCCCAAGACGUUGGAGAUUGUCGACAGCCUUGCACAGAUGGCAAAGCUCAACUGGCCGCCCUACAUCUCGCCCACUCUGUUCCCCAACAAGGAAACGCUGCCGGCAUCGCUCGCCGCCGUCGCGCCCCUGACCUCGACAGCACACCCCAUCAUCACCUCUCUCUCGUGCGCGACCCUCCACCCGUCUGACCCGUCUUGUCUGCGUACGUACCUGCAGUUCUGGCUCAGCUCGUUCCCGCCCUUUAUGCGCAUGCUCCUCGGCUUCUACGGCGCGUUUGCCAUUCUGCCCAACGCCGGCGCCAAGCUGUACCACGCGCCCGUCGCCGUCCUGACCAAGGUGCUCAGCCGCGCGCUGCGGAGCUCGACGUUCCUCGCCGGCUCCAUCUCGACGGCGUGGGCCUCCAUCUGCGUGUUCCAGACGUGGCUGCCGCGCCACGUGCUGCCGACGCUGCGGUUCUUCCUCGGCGGCUUCGUCGCCGGUCUCUGGGCCUGGGUCGAGCGGAAGCAGGGCCGGGGCAUGUUCCUGUACUCGGCACGGGCGAGCGUGGACUCGCUGUGGAAGGUCGGCGUCAAGAGGCGGUGGUGGAAGGGCAUGCGCGGCGGUGACGUGUGGGUCUUUGUCGCAGCGCUCAUGGUGACGGGCGUCGUGUACGAGAGGGACGCGCGGGCGAUCCGCGAGGGUAGCUGGCGCCGCGGCGUCAGCUGGAUCCGGGGCGAGGGCUUGCGGGAUUGGAGUCUCGAGGAGGACGAGGCGCCAGGGGAGGGCGAGGGGCAGGAGUAG